UCGACAAAUACUCUUUUUCGCCAUUUUUUUCACAGAUAAACGAUUUCUUUUUCCGUAAAAUAUUUUUCUUAGUAGGAUUAUACGAUAGGAUACUUUCACAAAGGCAAAAAAAAAGAUUAAAAAAGCGAGAUUAUGACAAUAAAUACGUGCAGUGGGGGAAAGGGGUAAGAAACACGUGCUUAUCUCAAAAUGGCGGCUACACAAGACCGAAACAGCGCUCUUCCAAAUUUGAAGAAUUUGACCGCAUGCAAGUUCGGCAAACUGCGAAAUAAACAGAGCAAGGUGCUGCAAGAUCUUGUUAGUCCACACAUCCAGUCUUUCAACUUUAUGCUAGAAGAGGGCCUUUCCUUGGCGGUUCAGGCUAUUCACCCUCGAGAAUUUUUGCUUAAAGACGGACAAAAGGCCACACUAUACUUCACAGAUGCUUCUAUUGGAGUUCCUACAUUGUCAGAAAACAACUUGCAUGCUUCUCAGAUGAAGGUCUUUCCUUCUGAGGUGGGUUUGUAAGGGCACUGUUAUCCCCGGGGAGACUCCCACAUAAAAGGAUGGGGGUGCUUGUCGUACCUUUUAGGGUUUAAAAAAAGUGGUUAUCAAUGCUACCUCUUCGGGUGUUCAACCUCGAAAGGUCCACUGCAGGAGUUAGCUUUCAAGGUACCUUUUAGGGUAUUGAGCCGAAAAAAAUAUGACAGCUAUUUGACAGAUAUUUGACAUUCAACUGAUACAUAAACUUUACUAGAAAAAGGUAUUCAAAGCAAUUAUUGUCUUUAUCG